UGUAUAGGCAAUGAAACCGUAGCAACGCGGAGCUUCAGCUCGGUUUACAGUUUGGAAAAAAAAAUAAACACUUGUUUUAAAGACAGAGUCAGGCAGAGUUUAGCUGAGAAGUGUUUUUUUUAUACUCUUUAGAAUGGAUCAGAGUUUAAAUGUGAGAAGAACUUUUACACCCCAGAGACAGACAGCGAGCCAAACAGGUGGUGGAGCUCGGGGACAGCGUCCAAAAGAAGUCCCAGUGCUACAGCUGGACAGACUGGGAGACAGGGAGGAGGAGGAGGAGGAGAAAGCUUCCUUCAUAACAGUUGCCGGAAAUCCAUCACUGUCUGCUCUGAGUUGGGGUACAGCAGUCUCAGCACGCCCACCUCAGAAAUGGGUUGAAGGAACAGAAAACAUAACAGAAAGAAAUGCCUCAUUAUUGAGGUAUCAGGAGUCACCACAGUCGAGCCACAGAGGUUAUCCACUCAGCAGACCACCCAGCAGUCACAGACCAAACCAGCCAGUUCACCUGACCCCAUGUUCUGCUGAGCUCAAUCAAAUCCAGACGAACACCAUCCACAGCAGGACCAAGAAACUGGAGGCUGAGGGACUGACGGUGGAGAAGAGAAAGCAAGCUGUGAUUGAACAAAUGAUGGUGGAUCAGCUCUCCAGGGCUGUUAUCAGUGAUCCAGAGCAGAAUGCUACAAACCAAUUCAACGCUUCAGCACGCCAUAGGAGGACUCUCCACCAUACCAUGGUGAAAACCCCAAAAUCUUUAACCGAAAACCUUUUAUCCCACAAACUCUGCUUUCAGGCCAGAAUUUUAUCAAGGUGUGGACGUGAGGGUUGUCGAGAGCUCAUUGGCUUCUUCUUCAACUGUGAUCGAACCCUGACCGUGUAUGAAUACCGCAGCUUUGGAAAAAACAGGUGCAGUGCUCUGCCGUUUAUUGCUCGUGGUGUCUAUAGGACCAGAGGGAGACCUUACUGCCUUUAUGACAUCUCACAGGGUGCAGAUCUGCGCUUUAGUACAGAUAUGCCUCACCUGUCUGACAGCCUGAGGCAGCGUCCAUACCUGACCCUGAGAGUUACUGAUGUGGAUGAAGAGACUAAGCAAACACUACUGACUCAGUCUGGAGACAGUAAACAAUAUUUUUCUGAAGAAGAAAUCAAUGAUCAUAAGACCCUAAGAGCAAUUCAAGCGGCUGUACGUAAUAGGCUGAAGGGUCACGCCAUCCAAACUCUGAUUGGCCUUGGGAGACGGCUGCAGAGUUUAGACGUAAAUGAGAAUGGCCUGAUACAGAAAGAGAAGCUCAGAGAAUGUCUGGCGGAGGAGCUAAGUCUCAGCCGGCAGGACUCUGAAGCUGUGUGGAGGAUUGUGGGCCAGCAGGAAGAGCCCCUGAUGGACUAUGCUGAAAUGAUGCGUGCUGUUACCGGGGAAAUGAGUGAGAUCAGAAAAGCUAUUUUUAUGAAGGUUUAUGUUAAAUUGGACCCGAAUAAAACUGGAUCGGUUUCUCUGAGUGACAUCGAGAAAUUCUACUCAGCCACACCAUCCCAGCAUUUGGAGUUUGAUGUGGGGACAAAAAUGGACUUCCUGACUUGUGUAUGGGGAACUGGAAGGGUCACUAGAGACGUCUCUUAUGGUGAGUUUGAGGACUACUAUGAGGGACUGAGCAUUGAAGUGCCCACUGACCAGGAGUACAUCGACAUCCUGAAGAGCACAUGGAGUAUCUGACUUGUGUGGACUGACUGUGAGUGUGAGUGGGUUUGGGUUAUUUAUUGUAUUGGGUUAUAUGGAUUAAAAUAGAUAAUGGUAUAAAUAUAUGCAUGGACAAAGGGUAGCAUACAUGUGCCUCAUUCUAAAUGCACAUUUUUGGACAAUAUGCUAGAAGACUGAUUUUUUAAUAUGUGUAUUAACUGUUAUUAACCGUCCGAAACAACACAAUCAUAUACACUAUACUUGUACUGGGCACAGGUGGAAUUUGGCCCCUUUCUUUAAUCCACUAAUGAGUACAAUCAGAAGACACACGCAAAAUGCUGUUGUCUUGUUAAGUGAUGAUACAGUAAAAUGUUAAACAUGUAAAAUUACAGUAGUUUUAUAAAAAGCAAAGUUCAUGUUAAAUGCUGUGUAAUAAGUAUCAUUAUCUCUGUUAGAGAAAAUAAUAAUUUAAAAUGUUUAGAUUAAGCUUGAAUUUAAUUAAAUAUUAAUAUAUUUAUAAAAAUGUAUAAUUUAUGCUCAGAUUGUAAAGUGCUGUUUAUUUAUAUGUAUAGAUGUUUAUCUGUAGAUACUGUUUAAUACUGCAAUUUCUCCUGUCCUAAACUCUAAAGCAAACUUUUCUCUCACAGGAGGCAAUAAAUUAACCUGAGUCUUAAGCACUUAAGAGUCAAGAGACAAGUUCUUUAUCCUUUAUUGAGCUAAAGGGACUUUGGGCACCUUCUUAUAUUACAUUAUAUCUAUACUGGCACUUCUUCUAGCAGUCUGGUGAGAAAGUGAUGACAUGUCCUGAAAAUGUAACAGCACUCCUCCUCAGGACCCAGUAGGAGGUGCUGUUUCAUACUUGUAGGUGGUGAGAGGCUGAGAGGAGGAGGAGGGAUGAGGAGGACAGAAGAACAUGGAGGCUGCUGCAGGAGGAGAUAAUCCCAGAAGAUAUGACAAGGAGGCAUCACAGCAGCGCUUCACUAUUCUAAACCAGCAUCAUGUGCAUAUACACACCUUAAAAUGAAAGGCUAUGGAUAUACUGAAUAUAAUCAGAACAUAAUCAGUUAAUGAGUGAUCGGAGUGUCCAAUAUGGACAUAAAGGCGCUUGACACUGAAGGACUUGUAUCACUCUGGCUGUCAAUGACCAUUCGAGAGUCCAUUUGAAGAGCCGACAAAUCGCUUGUGGUUGUGAUCUUCAUCCGCACUGUCCUCCUCUUCCUCGUCACUUCUUUCAUCUCCUUUCAUCUGCAUAGAUUAAAAAUCAGAGAUUUUGAAUCAUAUCAAAUUAAUGUUUCAAAUUUCAAAUUUUUAACAUUUUCAAAUGUCAUACAAAGACUGUGUAACAAAACAUUCAAGAUUUUCAUCUGAAUAAAUACAUCAUUACAAAUAUA